AACGAACGACAGACACCAAUAUUCUAGCGUACUCUUCCCGCGAUUCCUGAACGUCGAUCAAAGGCCGAAAGAUCCAGCGAUUAUUACGACUGGUUGCCUAUAAUUAAACAUAUCCGUGAUUGGAUUUGGCGGUAUGGGCGACGAUAAAUUACGAUUCCCCGGCAUGGAUCCCCGAGGAUUCCCGGGGACGAGGGGAACGCGACGAGCCCGAGGACAGUGGCUUCGCAAUAUCAUCGGGCUACCGUCUGGCUGGCCUUUUGCAAACGAGGUCGAGGGUCAUGUCUUCGAGACAUAAUCGUCCAUAGAGAGCGGAGUCAACAUAGGACCGUGGAUUCUCGAGCACGCGACCAUUUUUACAAUUACCAGCGAAAUUUAUUAUAAUAAUUGAGAGUUAAAUUGAUCUUAAAGUGGUGUCGAUACGCUUUCGGUUUUGGUUCCUUAUUGGAAGGAAGUUGGAACAGUGCAGAGAUUAUCGCAGAGGAUCAUGGCGACGUUCUAUCUCUUGGACAUCCUUGGAAUUUCAUUGCUGUUGCACUUGAGCUUUAGUAUAUUGCUACUGGUCAUUUUGGUGCCUUUUAUGCUACUCGUUUAUCCGGUGUUAAAAUGGUUAAGAAAGGGUUGGAUACGUUUCGUAAAAUGGAAAUAUCCAAACGUGGUCGUGGUGGAAGAGAACAACAUUCGAACGAUCCUGGAUCAAUUUCGAAAUCACGGGAUUUGUACUUUGCUGAUUCAAAGUCGCUCGAUCGCAGAAGGUAUUCGCGGCCACUUGGUACAUCUGACUACAUCCAGAAGGUUUCUUCGCGCAGGAUUAUCUACGAGAUGGGGUCUUUACGUAUGGAAGGAUCUUGAUUAUUUCUCCGUGGAUAAUCACUUGUUAAAUUCACCGUGUUCCUUCAGAGGUCGACCCAUCACAGAGUUCAACAUUCAGGACUAUGUGAGCGAUCUCACGUCGAAAUUCUUUCCAUUCGGACAACCACCGUGGCAGGUGCACGUAAUAAACUGUCUUCUUCGUGGAGAGGAGUACCAAAUCUGUCUGGUGAGGGUUCAUCAUCUGCUCCUUCAACAAGAACACCUAGCGUUGGCCGACUUCCUUCCAUUGAGAUAUUCUACCGACAGUUGGGCGUGUCAGGAAGCGGACUCUCCUUUCACGAAUCUUUACUCAGAGCCAUCGGCACUUCCCAAACUUUAUCAGAAACUCACGGAGAGCUUCAGUAAUUAUUGGAACGAAUUUUUAUACAAUAACGAUCCAAACGAGAGACCAGAAAUCCUAAAGAAGCAGAUUGGUAUUCUUCAAUGCUUGAAAAUCGCUGUCAUCGUUUUAGUUUCUUCGGUGAAAGAGAUGACAAGACAGUACAGGAAAGGAGAGGGACCCAGAUUUCUCGACAUUCUCUCUAUCUUACAGCGAGAAGCCAGUAAACGAAACGUCGGUCAUACCGUCUUUCUACACGCUCUACUAAAAUCUUUGAACCCUCUGCAAUUCUUCUACGAUGCCAUUCUAUGGUGCUGGUAUCUAGCAGUCGUUAUAACUCUGAAAACGCCGAUAUUACUUAUCCGAGAGUUACAAGCUUUGAAAUCACGUCACAAACAUUAUCAUUCGGAUACCCUGACUUCUAUGUUAUGGUGCUACGUUCCUUUAAUAUAUCAAGCCACCAUGGAAGCGGUUUCCAUCGCGUGGAUUGCUAUAAAGGCGCCGAAGACAAUUUUCGAAGAAUUAUUUCUGAAGCAUCCGCAAGCCAAUCGACUUCAAAUUACGUCUCCUUGCGGACGAAAAGUAGUUGCUUGGUCAGAGGAGAUCAAACUCGAUGUUCUUCGAAAAAUCUCGUCUAUGACAGGAGCGACAGAGGCGGAAGUUUUAUUAGCCGCUACCGUAGAUUCUCUUAAGGAAUACUUUCGUCAUUCUGGCGUUAGAAUACCGGACGAUGUGCUCGCCACUGGCAAAUUUGUCGAACAGAGGGCCAUAUUUCUACGGAAUCACCAAGCUAGAGGCACUUUGUGUCUUGCGCUUCCUACAAAAACUCCGCUAUUCGAAGAUGAUCUGGUGGAAAUCUUACAGGUUAUUCAGAAAAAUGUGCGCGAGGCAAGAGCAAAACAAAGUGCAAUGUACGCCAUAACGGCAGCUGAAGAGUCUUGCGGAUUGAUUUCCUCCUGUUUGCCGUCGUUACUGCUCAAAGUGAUGUUAAAUCAGUUAACGAGAAAGUAUUCCCUCUCCUUGACACACGUCAACGGAGAUGUGCCCGUAGAAGGCGUCGACGCUAUGAUGUAUUGGCGACCCCCUCAAGGCAACUGCAAUAUGUCGAUAACCCUACACAGGUACGGAAGCGGUGUGCGGCUAGGUGUGAUGGGCGACGCGUUAAUUGGCCCUGAACACGCCGUUAUCACGAGGACUUUCCCGAAAAGCAUGGAGAAUCUCGCGAACGUAGUUGGAGUUCCUAGAAUUCCCAGCAGAAACUCAACUCCGAGUCCAGUUAAUCCGAGCACUUCACCGGGACAUUAAAAAUGUAUGGAGGCUAUGUAGAAUAGGAAUAUGAGUAAGCACCGGAUGAUUCAGGAGCGCCAAAGGUGGGUGAUCGGGGGGUGUCACCAUGACAACCGCCAUGGUCGAUUCCAACGUCUACCAUCCGUCAGAAGAAAAUAAACAAGCGGGAUCAUGCACUGACGCGAUUCAUUUGCCAAUUAAAAUCAAUAGCGUUGAAUAUCGAUGAUAAUUCAUGACUUCUCGUGCACGCGAAGCCUGAUCGAUUUGCUCGAUUUUUAGUCAUCCGCGUUAUAUUAGAUCGUUAAUCGCUGAACGAGCAAACUCUAAGAUACAACAUUAUCGUUCCAUAAAUAUCAUAAUGUUAAUAUUUACAUUAUUAAUCUGUUAUUAUCAUACUCGUGUUGCAACACUUCCUAAGUAUUGCUUUUUGUUAUUGGUGAAUAAACAUAGUUAACUGAAAAAGUUGACGUUUUACGUAAAGUGUUUGAUAUCGAUUUGAAGAUUACCCAUCACAGAUUUUGAUAUUUGAUGCUUCGGGUAUUAAAAUCACGUUAAUGGUAGGAUGAAAAUGAUACAAUAAGGAGAGAGGGGGAGUUAAAGUUACAAUUAACUUUUUCGUAUGU